UUUAUUCACUUGCACUGGCGGAUGGCGGCUCCUGAGGCUGAGUUGGUGUUGAAAUGGGAAAGGGAGCAGGCACUUCUUAGAGAAAGUGUGAAGGAGGAGGACACAGAGGAUUGGCAGAGGAGUCCAGACUUCAACGGGCUGGAGAGAGUGGGAGGAGUAGAUCUUUCAUUCAUUAAAGGUGAUGACAUCAAUGCCUGCGCUCAUCUGGUGGUGCUCACAUACCCUCAAAUGAAGGUUCUGUAUGAAGAUUGUAAGAUGGUGACUCUUAAUGCCCCUUAUAUGGCUGGUUUCCUGGGCUUCAGGGAAGCCCCACCUUUGCUACAGGCCCUGGAGAACCUGAAGAACGUACAGCCACAUCUAAUGCCGCAGGUGCUAUUUGUGGAUGGGAAUGGACUAUUCCACUAUCGGGAGUUUGGUUUGGCAUGUCAUCUUGGUGUUCUGUCAGAUCUGCCCUGUGUGGGUGUGGCCAAGAACCUUCUGCAUGUUGAGGGAGUGGUGAGAAGUGAAGAGCACCAGUCACAGAUCAACGCUCUAAAGAAGAGUGGUGAUAGUUUUCCUCUGACUACAGCCUCUGGGAGAGUUCUAGGGAAGGCUCUCCGAAGUUCCCAAAGCAGUAUUAAACCGGUGUAUGUGUCAGUGGGUCAUCGAAUCACUCUGGAUACAGCAGUCAGACUCACACACACUUGCUGCCUCUACAGAGUACCUGAACCAAUACGACAGGCUGACAUCCGUUCAAGAGAAUACCUGCGUUGCCAUGUCCUGGCCCCUGACAUUACCUAGAUGAACAGAUGGAGAGAGAGGAGAUAAUGCUGUGAUGCUUACAUUGUAUUAACAGUGUUAAAUUUUCAUUUAAACUGUUAUUCUGGAAUCCAGGAAUUUACCAUGCUAGUGGAUUUGUAAUAGACUUUUCUUUCUUUUUCCCCCCUUUUUUUAGACAGACUUUCUUUUUUCUGGAUCUAUAAAAAAGGAUAAUAGUACAAAAGUAGGGCUGGGCUAUUUAGCUUCAUGUUCCACUGUCACCAUGAUUUCAUAUAAAUAAAAGAUUGUAAGAACAGCACACUUUACCAAGCAGAUCUAUUAAGUGAGUUUUGGGUACAUUAUGACAAUAAUGUAGUGAAUGGAGGGGGGAAAAGUAAAAGAAGAGAAAAAUUUGCUAAUGCACUUUUCCCCUUGAUAUUUGUAAUCACCAGGAUUCCUUACUACUUUACUUCAUUUUUUUACUUCAUUUUUUUUACAUAAUUUACUUCAGUUCUUUCCUAUUUCAGUUUGUUGUAUAGCCUAUUCUGCACACUGCUGCAUUUAGUUUAAAUUUGCAUAUAAAUUACUUUUCACAUUGUAAAUGUCCACUAUAAAUAAAUAAAGAUAUAAAUUAGUGGUGGGCCUUUAUCGCCGUUAACGUGCUGCAUUAACGCGAGACUCUUAUCGGGUGAUAAAAAAAAUAUCGCUGUUAAUCUAUUCUCAAAGUUGGUUUGGGAGCUGGGUCUAUACUAAGCAAGCUAUAAUGACUUUCACCUUGAUAUUUUAUAUAACCGACUGGCGGAGGCCAGCCUAAAAAGAUGCUCAAGACAGUUGACGGGCAACUGCUGCGCAUCGUCACGAAAGCUUAUCUUUUUCACAUGUUUUUACACCUUACAGCUUAUCGAUUUAAACAUUAAAGCAUCCAAACACAAGACACGGAAAAGCUGAACAGAGUGCGCGUGCCGUGUUAGGUGCGCACGAGAGAGAGAGCCGCGUAUCACGGACAGCGACACUGAACCGAGCUCUCUUCUGCGAAGUUCUUAUCAAAGUCCCUCCUGCACCGGAACGAACAAAUACAAAUCGCAGUUUGAAACAAACAACAAGAUGAAAGAGCCCAAUUCAGUACUCGCUGUGUUCUGGUGUUCAGGGCUCACACAAAGAAAGGCGUCUCGAGACGCAAAAAAUAAGCGCUUUCAAGUGUUUUGAUCAAAACACUUGAACAUCGAAUUUGCUUAUUUUUGCUCUAGUGCCGAAAAAUACAUCCGAAAUAUGUCAAAAUAUCCACCUUGGAAAUUAUGCUCGAAAAAACUGUCAGUUAUUUCUUAAAUGAAAGUAAACGUGAUGUCUCUUAAAGGGACCGCACCUAAUUUAGCUACUGGCUGCUGUAAUGUUAAUCCAAGAAAAUGAAAAUCACUCACUGCUCUUGACUACUUUGUAUUUUUAACAGUCAAACCAAAAAUUAUUCAGACACCAGAUAUAUUUUUUGAUAUAUAUAGCAAAACUGUAAUAAUGUGAGAAAUGUUGAAGGUGUCUGAAUAAAUGCAGGUUUCAUUGUAUAUUUCAUUUUUACAUUGAAGACUAUCCAGUGCUUUUUACAUUUAAUUAUUUAGUUUAAUUAUCUAGAUUAAUCUAGAUUAAUUUCAAGAUCACAGUGAGAUUAAUCUAGAUUAAAAAAAAUUAAUGCCCACCUCUAAUAUAAAUAUAUUUAAUUGGAAUAAUUUUAGCUUAUUUGUUUUGUUUGAUUUUUUCCUUCCGCCCACCUUGUAAUUAUACAUAAUUAUGUUGUGUUUAUAUGAAAAGUGUCUGUUAUUUUUGACAUUUUGGUUGCCCUAAUUUGGUUGAUUAUUUUAGGUUUACUUUGUUGAAACACAUUAGUUCCAUAAAUCAGUUUUCUUUAAACUCUUUGCACUCAGGCUGGAUAUUUUUCAGGUUUUAACUUAAUUAUUUUUGUAAUCAUUUGAAAAGUAAUUUUAUUACAAAACUUAUAUUUAUUUGCUUUUAAUAGCAUUUUAGGGCAUAAUGGAAAUGUAAUGGCACUGGUACAAGUAAAUGAGGGGAAUGAGAUUUUACAUUUACCAAAACAAAAAGGACUCGGAGGAUAUUUGCAUUUGUCUUCAUUCUCAAACAAACAACACCGUCUCUGCCCAACGUGCUUUCAUAAUAAUUAAUGAUCACCUAAGGACCAACAAUGCUCCUCCUUGACGGCUGUUUCCUGUGAAGGAGGAGAGUUUCUAAAAACCUAAUUAUGUCAGCAUUAAGAGAAGUAAUAACAUGACUCGCAAACAGAGAACUAAUCAUAAACUAAUCAUGUAACGUCAAUAUCCUGAGUCGGUGUCCUGUCAGCCAUGUUGUUAUCCACUGAAAAGAAUUGAUGAAAUCAGAUUCAAGGUACAAGGACUCUGUAUAUCAAGAAGCAUCUCACGAUGUAUGGAAACCGAUGUAUGAAAACACCUGCACAACCCUGCAGGAAUAAGCAAUAAUUAAUGGACCUCAACACAAAGGAUCCAUACAGCAUGUCCCAUGACUUGUGACUUGCUUGUGACUCUUUCUAGGAACUGAACUUUUCAAUAAAUAGUCUCAAAAGACAAUCAUUGAGAAAUAUAAAGGGUUAACUAUAUUCACAAAUAAUAUGUUUUAUGUCUUUUAUAUACUUGAUGUGUUCAAUGUAACUGGCGCUACUUUAACCAAUGUUUUAUAACCCCUUUUAGCAGAUAGUGCUAUUAAAUGUUUGAAAGUUUA